GCUUUCGGUACGCUAGCUAGCCAGCUCUGCCUCCCACCGAGUUCCCGCCGCUCUGCGUGGUGACAGGUGUGAUCAGGCGCGGCAGUUUGCUUUCCAACCUCUCACAAGCUCAUAGCGCAAGCACAGCAACACCGCACGACGCGCUGCACUGCUUUGGCUGAAUCAGCCUCUGACACUGUGCUGCUCAACGCGCAGUAAGCAAGCCGAUUACUGUAUCAACCCUCUCAGAGAUGCUGUCGCGAGUCCUCCUCGCGGCCUGCGCGCUGCAGACGGUCAACGCCGGUGUCAUGCCCAAAACCAGAUUCGCCGACAUGCACGACGGCGACGCGAAGGACGUGAGCAUCUCGACGAAGGACGGCAAAUGGUACCUGACGCUCUCGCAGGAAACGCCGCGCUGGCACUUGACCACGGAGCUCGACGCGACGACGUCGACGGCCACCGUCGACUUCUCCAAAAGUGCCAAACCGGACAAGCCCCCGGUGCCCCUCCAGGCGACGGUCCGGAUGGCGUCGGGCGGCCGCGUUUUGAUAGAGUGGACGGACCCGUCGGCGACGCUCAACCCGGACCCCGCGUACCCGCUCAACGUCUGGUUGAGUGUGGGCGCGUGGGACAAGGCGAAGCUUGCUAGCGGACGAGUGACGGCCAAGAGUGUGUAACUGAAAAUCCCUGUGUUUUACUUAGGAACCGCUGGGCUCUAGUAGGAAGAGUCCCGGUCUCCGAAGCGCUUGGGCCUUGGCUGCCACAGAGAGCGCUUUGCAUAGCUUGGGCACCUGCAUAAGGCAGCCCGCGCGUACGGCGAAGAGACUCUUCCAACAAGA